AUGGGAUCGGUGUCAACUGCGGGCGAGGCCGUUGCGAGGAUCGCUUAUCUCUCGAGCGACCUUGUCUUGUCUGUGCAGCCAUCCCUCCAGGCUGAUUCGCUCUUUUCAAAACACCUCAGGAAACUCUCUGCGGACAAUGUGCGGGGAGUAGUGUCGCAGGGGUUCCCGGAGAUCCGCUCCCUUCGCCAGAAUGAGGACCCGCUACUAUCGGCCUUCCAGCCGUUGCAGUCGGGGCACCGCGUUGCCCUCACUGCCUCUUCUUCUGUCCUCCUUCCAUCCAUACCCUACCUAUAUAAACUGGCAAACUACCCCCUCGUCAUUCAUGUUUGUCUGGAUCCAGCCCCUUUCCCCGAUUACUCCGUGGUUAGCUCUAUCCGCCAAUGUGGAUUUUCCUUUCUGCAUUCAGAAACAUUGCAAGAGGCUCAGGAUAUCGCCUUGACUGCACAUUCUCUUGCGGCAAAGUCGGGGAAAGGAGUGAUCCAUUUCUUCGACGCAACCAAUUCCCAGCAGGAUAAGCCGAUUGCUUCGGAGGAUCCGGAGCUCGUGAAGAAAAUCCUGGAUUUGGAACUUGUUCAGCACGCUCACGUGCCGUCGAAUGCUCCGCACACAUUGUAUGCGAACUCGGGACGUGUGGCUACCAUUGUGGAGGAAGAUCUGGGAGCAAGCGAGGGACACGCUACCGGUUUAUCCGCUUCCCAGCUUUCAUUGCCGCUGAAUACGUCUGCCAAUGGGCAUUUCUCUGCUUCCUCGUCCGGGAGCGACAGCGGCUCGGAUGGCGUUCCCGCGAGUUCAUCAGCCACGACAGUGGAACCCUUAACUGUACGGCCCGUGGACGCUUCUGAUAUCUUCCAAAUAACCAGCAAAAUAUGGGAUGAAUUGUCGCAGUUAUCUGGGCGCCAGUAUCAUGCUAUCGAAUACGUCGGACCGGAUAAUGCGCAAUCGGCCGUCUUCGUUUUCGGCUCCACCGGCGUCCUUGUCGAUGUCCUCAGGAACCCGAGCAGCAAAGCCGAUUUCGCAAACGUUGGAGUCAUCACUGCUCGUCUCUAUCGUCCCUGGAUUGGUGGCCAAAUAUCUCAUACGAUCCCGAAGUCGAUCGAGCGCAUUGCAGUCCUGGAGCAGGUGCGUAAGACUACUCGAUGGGGCCCUGCGUUCCUGGACCUUUUGUCAAGCUUGUCGCAACCAACCAGUAGCGGAAGGGCUCCUCAACUUGUCGGUUAUAGACUGGGGUAUAUCGAGCCUUCAACAGCUUCCCAAACCCUCCGCGACAUAUUUCAGAACCUUGAGGCCGACUCACCAAUCCAGAACCUUCAAGUUGGCAGGGAAAAAGUCCCAGAGGAGAUCUCCAUAACCAUCAGCGCUCCAGGGCAACCUGAGGCCGAAAACGCAUAUAUGAAGAUUUUGAACCAGCUUUUCAGCGCUCGGCUUUACGUUGCCAAUCAGCUUGGUUCCGAGAAUGCAGGGAUCUCUAGCACAAUUGCCUCCACACCAGAGUAUGGAUUCGGUUCGCUCAUUGCUCGCAUCGAAGGUCGACAACGUUUCAUUCGUGAGGUUGCAGAAGCGGCUAAGUCAACCAUGUUUACAACUGAUACUCCCAAGACUUGGCUUUCACGGUGGGCAUUAAAUGCCACAGACGCGGUCAAAGCAAAUAGUCUUGCUGCCGAUGUGAUUUCCCAGCUGGGUGUCGAUGGAUCCCCUCUAGCCAGGAAAUUGCUGCAAUCGAAACAGUAUUUCUCGAAGGAAUCGCAGUGGUUGAUUGGCUCUGAUGCGUGGGCCUACGAUUUAGGCAACUCUGGUGUUCACCACGUCCUCGCAUCGGGUGCCGAUGUUAAUAUGCUUAUUAUCGAUUCGCAACCUUACUCUGAGCGCGUUGCUGCAGAUGCCACACGGAGAAAGAAAGACAUCGGCCUCUAUGCCAUGAACUUUGGAAAUGCCUAUGUCGCAUCUGUUGCGGUGUAUGGGUCGUAUACCCAGGUCUUGCAGGCAAUGGCAGAAGCUGAUCAAUUUGACGGUCCUUCUGUCGUUCUUGCUUAUCUACCUUACAACAAGGAGAGCGACUCGCCCCUGACCAUCUUGCAGGAAACGAAAAAAGCAGUUGACCUGGGAUACUGGCCGCUGUAUAGAUGGAACCCGAAAAAUGCGGAGAGAGGAGAACCCAAUUUCGCCCUCGAUUCCGAGAGGAUCAAGCGAGAGCUAGAGGGAUUUCUUCGUCGGGACAACCAACUCACCCAGCUGAUGAAGCGACAUCCCCGGUUCUCGGCUAGCUUGUCAGAAUCUUAUGGGACGGAAGUCCGGGCUCUGCAAAAGCGAGCUGCUAAGGACUCCUAUGACAAACUUCUGGAGGGUCUCUUUGGCGCACCUCUCACUAUUUUGUUCGCGUCUGAUAAUGGUAACGCCGAGAACUUGGCUAAGAGGCUAGCUAAUCGCGGAAAGGCCCGUGGUCUGAAGACUAUGGUUUUGGCUAUGGAUGAUUAUCCCAUCGAAGACCUGGCUACUGAGGAAAAUGUGGCGUUCAUUACCAGCACAGCUGGCCAGGGCGAAUUUCCUCAGAACGGUCGUGCAUUGUGGGAGGUCAUCAAGAACUCUGGGGACCUCGAUCUCUCUUCCAUUCACUACUCAGUUUUCUCAUUGGGAGACAGUCACUACUGGCCUCGAAAAGAGGACAAGAUCUACUACAACAAGCCCGGAAAAGAUCUUGACGCUCGUGUAUCAUUCCUUGGCGGCAAGAAAUUGACUGACAUCGGCCUGGGAGAUGACCAGGAUCCCGACGCGUUCCAGACGGGGUAUCAGGAAUGGGAGCCGAGAUUGUGGCGGGCUUUGGGUGUGGACAAGGUCGAGGGACUACCUGAGGAACCGCCGCCAUUGACCAACGAGGAUAUGAAAUUACAAUCCAAUUACUUGCGAGGCACUAUCGCAGAGGGCCUGCGUGAUGAGUCGACUGGUGCAAUCUCCGCAACUGACCAACAGCUUACCAAGUUCCAUGGCACCUAUAUGCAAGACGAUCGCGACGUGAGAGACGAACGCAAGGCUCAGGGAUUGGAACCUGCCUACUCCUUCAUGAUCCGUUGCAGAUUGCCCGGCGGAGUUGCAACGCCAAAGCAAUGGCUGCAAAUGGAUGCCAUUAGCAGCGCGCAUGGGAACGAGACGAUGAAACUCACAACACGCCAGACCUUCCAGUUCCAUGGCGUUGUCAAGGGGAAGUUGAGACCUGCCAUGCAAGCCAUCAACCAGGCCCUGAUGACCACUAUUGCCGCGUGUGGUGAUGUAAACCGCAAUGUAAUGUGCAGCAGCCUUCCGGAGCUGUCGUAUUACCAUAAAGAGGUUCAUGCCAUUUCAAAGCGUAUCAGCGAUCAUUUGAUACCUUCAACGACUGCUUACCACGAAAUCUGGCUGAAAGAUGACAAGGAUACCAAAAUCCAGGUUGCGGGCAACGCCGUUGUUGACCAUGAACCCCUCUACGGGCCUACUUACCUCCCUCGAAAAUUCAAGAUUACCAUUGCCAUCCCCCCACACAAUGACACCGACGUUUACGCUCACGACAUUGGCCUCAUUGCCAUUAAAGGCGCCAACGGCCACCUGGAAGGAUUCAACGUUCUUGCCGGAGGCGGCAUGGGAAUGACACACAACAACAAAAAGACCUACCCGCGAACAGGAAGCAUGUUCGGUUUCGUCCCAGCAGACCACAUCCACAUCGUCUGCGAAAAGAUCAUGCUCGUCCAGCGUGAUCACGGCGACCGCAAAAACCGCAAGCACGCCCGUUUAAAGUAUACAAUCGACGACAUGGGUUCUGACGUUUUCAAGAGCAAAGUCGAAGACCUGCUCCCCUCAAACCUCCGUUUCACACCAUCGCGCCCCUUCAAAUUCGACUCCAACAUCGACACCUUCGGCUGGCAGAAAGAUGAAAGGGGUCUGAAUCAUUUCACUUUCUUCAUUGAAAACGGCCGCGUCGAAGACACAGCUGAAUUCUCGAUGCGUACGGGUCUCCGCAAGCUCGCCGAGCUGGGAAAGGGCGAGUUCCGCCUUACCGGUAAUCAGCACGUUAUCCUCUCCAACAUCGAAGACGCUGAUCUCCCUGCCGUCAAGGCGCUAAUGGCUGAAUACAAACUCGAUAACACCGCCUUCUCAGGUCUGCGACUCUCAUCGUCUGCCUGCGUCGCUUUCCCCACCUGCGGGCUUGCGAUGGCUGAGUCAGAGCGCUACCUGCCCAUCCUGAUCGACAAGCUCGAGGACUGCCUGGCGGAGAACGGCCUGAGCAAGGAAAGCAUUGUCAUGCGCAUGACAGGCUGUCCAAAUGGGUGUGCGCGACCCUGGUUGGCCGAGGUGGCGUUUGUGGGUAAAGCAUAUGGUGCCUAUAACAUGUAUCUGGGCGGUGGUUAUCAUGGCCAGCGGCUGAAUAAGCUUUACCGAGCGUCGAUUAUGGAGGAUGAGAUUCUGACGAUCAUGAAGGAAUUGCUGAAGCGGUAUUCGCUGGAGCGGCGAGCGGCAGCCGUUGAAGGAGGGGAGUCGGAGAGGUUUGGUGAUUGGUGUAUUCGGUCUGGCGUUAUUAAGGAGACAACGGAAGGGAAGACUUUCCAUGAAGAUGUUGCGGAAGACGAUGAGGAUGAGGAGUAAUACAUAAACCACAUCGAUAUCUAGCUCCUCUACUAUACCUUGCUUGAAAUGCUUUUUGACGUCUCUUCGUGCUAUGUGUUUCAACAAUCAAUUUUGGAAUCAGUCCAUGUUCUUUUGUAUUUGCGGAAACUCUCUCCAUAGAUACGCAGAUACCUGUAUAUAAGUUCAUACUCUAUCCUAGAAAUUUGAAUUCCUUGCCGUCGUUUUUAA